GCGGGAAUCUUAGGGGGCGGAAAGCCUUCUAGAGGGAAGCAAGUAUUUCGGGCUUACGGACGCCAUCGCACCGAUAUGAGGUUCCGGGCCAAAAUCGUGGAUUUGGGCUGCUUGAAUCACUUCACCCGUGUCAGCAACACCAUCUCCAAGCUGGCCAAGACGUGCACGUUGCGCCUCAGCCCCGACAAGCUCUACUUCAUCCUAUCUGACAAGGUGGCCAAUGGCGGGGUCAGCAUGUGGUGCGAGCUGGGCCAGGGCAAUUUCUUCGACGAAUUUCAAAUGGAAGGGGUUGCAGCAGAUCAUAAUGAAAUUUAUUUAGAGUUGACACCGGAAAACUUAUCUAGAGCCUUGAAAACGGCACAAAAUGCCAAAACAGUGAAGAUCAAACUGACCAAUAAACACUGUCCCUGCCUCACCGUGGCUGUGGAGCUGCCAUCUUUGUCAAGCAGUAGUCGCAUUGUAACACAUGACAUUCCUGUAGGAGUUAUUCCCAGAAAAUUAUGGACUGAUUUCCGAGAGCCCACUGUGCCAGACUUUGAUGUUAGUAUAUAUUUGCCAGUAUUGAAGACUAUGAAGAGUGUAGUAGAAAGAAUGAAAAACCUCAGUAGUCAUGUUAUUAUUGAAGCAAAUCUAAAAGGAGAAAUGAACUUGAAAAUAGAAACUGAUUUAGUAUGCAUUACAACACAUUUUAAAGAUCUUGGAAAUCCUCCAUGGGCCUCUGAAGAUGCUUCUCAAGAUAGAGAUUCAGAGAACAUGGCUGAAGCUCGAAUAGAUAUUAAGAAGCUUCUACAAUUUCUUGCAGGACAGCAAGUUAAUCCAACAAAAGCAUUAUGUAAUAUUGUGCAUAACCGGAUUGUUCACUUUAUUUUGCUUCAUGAGGAUGUUUCCCUUCAAUAUUUCAUUCCUGCAUUAUCAUAAGAAUUCAACUGUUCAAGAGUCUUUGAACAAUAAAUAGCCCUUUUCCACCAAAAUUGAAAAAAGAUGAUGAGUUAUAGUUAUAAUUGGGCUAUAUCCUCACUAUGAUAUACAUUAUGUAAAAGCAGCUUGUUCUUUUAUAUGUUCAUAGAAUGUGCAUAGUGAAACACAACUGGAUAAGAUAAUGUCCUUGCUUUCUUUUGGUUUCUAUGUUUUACUUUUAAGAAGUCAAAAAAAGGAGAAUUGGAAUUUUGAGGACUGAAUUUAAUUUUUCUGAUUACUGAUAAAUGGAUAUUACUCAUACCUAGCACAUCAGAGGUUUAGAGGAAUAAAAUCUUUUAAAUAUUACCUAAGAAGGCACUGUAUUAUGAGAGUAGCAGUGUUUCUGUAAGACAUUUGUCACCAUCUGAAACACAUUCAGAAGAUUCAAUUCUAAGUAUCCAGCUCUGUCUCUUGAAUAGAAAGGAGAAAAGCACUUCCUAUUUCUGUGCUAUGCCUGGGUAAGGAAAGCUUUGUAAGAAAUGAUUCUCUAGUUACCAUAAAUAAGUAGUAGAGAUCAUCAUCAAAGUACUUUUGAACCUGAGCCUGGUGAAGUAAAUUCUCUAAUCUAGAAUUUUCACUUGCAAAGGUUUCUUCUGGUGUUUGAUGGCUUAAGCCUGGGGACCAUCAUUGCAUUUAGUUUCUUAAAAAUUUCAAAAAGUAGGUACCAGAAAGGCCCCUUUAAUCUUAUGUAAGUUAUAAGGCUUCAGGAACUGUUGCCCCCUUUUUACAAGUGUAAUGCAUAUGUAGUUUGUGGCACCAAUUUUUUUUUUGAAAUUCAUUAUUUUUUUAAAUAGCUAUCCAGAAGAAAAAUUUAAUUCCAAAAUAGUGCUUAAGUUUACAAACUUAAGUUUCUUUUACAUAUCAAAUUCAGUACAGAUGCUGAUUGCCAAAUUUUCUCAUUCUUAUUCAAAUAUCAUUAAGUUUACCAUUAUACUUUUAUCAGGUGCUUCCUACUUUUGUGGAUGAUUUAAGCAAUAGGUAGAACAUUACUUGCUUAUAGUAAUCUUUCACACUUCCUUAAGGUAUAAAAAAUUGAUUCAAUUAGCAAAUACUAUAUAUAAAUAAGAAUUCAAUAAAAACUUAAAAUAUUCAUAGAUUCCAUGCUUAGGCUUUUCAUAUCAUUUUUGCUAAAUCUCAGCAGCACUUGUUAUAAUUAUUAAGAGUACUUUAUUUUCUGUCAACACCUUGAAUUUCCAAAGAUCUUCUAUUCAGAUUUUCCCCGCUGUGGUUCUGUUCUCAUAUAUAGAAAUCUAAAAUUACAUUAUAAAACUGUAGCUGAAAGACCAUAGACUUUUUGGCUUUUACAGAAAGAUUUGUUUAAAUAUGACAAAGUAAAUGUAAAACAUAUAUAUAAAACUUUUAUUUUUAAAAAAUAAAACUUUCUACUCU